AUUUUCCGAAUUUUGUAUUUUUGUGACAUAAUUGUGUGGUACACGUAGCAUUGUUUCAGUCGCCAAACUCUUUAUUUUUCUCUCUCCUCUCUGUUUUCUCUCUCCAAUGAUCUGUUCUUCUCUUCCAUUUUCUCUCUCUUCAAAAGCCCCUUUUUGAUUUACGCUGCUCCUCCGAUCUCUCUUCUCUUUCUCUCUCCUCCAUUUUCUCUGCUAAUUCUAACAAAACCUCGAAGAUUUUUAUUGACGAAGCUUAUUUUUUUACUUCUACGAUGCUAUUUUGUCGGAAUUUUAUGUUUUGUGUUGGUAUUUUGUGAAUUUAUUUGUUCUUUUUUUGAUUUGAUUUGAACAAUGUUUCAUAAUGUUGUAUGAAUAUAAAUCGAUUGUUUGAGUUUUGAGUUUAGUUAUUGUAUGCUUAACUGAGUUGACGCGGGCCUGAGUCGGCUCGCAUUGAAAUUUGAAAGCAAUGGGCUUAGAAAGCGGCAGCAGCAGCAAUAACGAUUUUAAUGAUUACAAGAAAAUUAACGACGGCAGCAAAAAUGUGUUGAUUGGUGGUAAUGAAGUUGAUGAAGAUAAUUCUGGUCCUUAUCAUCUUGCCAAGUUCAAAAUCUAUGAAACUCGCGCGAACUUCUAUAUGGUGGGAAGAGAUAAGAGCAAGAAAUUUUGGCGAGUUUUGAAAAUUGACAGAUCAGCACCUUCUGAACUUCUAGUUUUUGAAGAUCCAACUGUAUAUAAUUAUCAUGAGUGUUCUGCCUUGCUGAGACGGAUAGAUGAAGGAAAUAUGUAUGCAGGUGGACUUAAAUUUGUUACUAUUUGUUAUGGGAUUGUGGGAUUUAUCAAAUUCUUGGGGCCAUAUUAUAUGCUCCUUAUAACAGAAAGGAGGAAAGUAGGGAUGAUUUGUGGCCAUGCAAUAUAUGCUGUGUCCAAGAGCAAAAUGAUACCAAUUCCUCAUUCUCCUAUGCGAUCUGAUUCGAAUAAUUCUAAGAAUGAAAACAGAUACAAGAAGCUUCUAUGCACAGUGGACAUUACAAAGGACUUCUUUUUCAGCUACUCCUACCGUAUUAUGCAUAGUCUCCAAAAGAACUUGUGUGAUGAGGAGAACAAAUUAGUUCCAUACGAAACAAUGUUUGUAUGGAAUGCAUUCUUAACUCGGGAAAUUCGAAAUCUUCUGGGAAAUACUCUUUGGACUGUGGCUUUGGUUCACGGUUUCUUUAAACAGGUUAAAAUUGUAAGGUCUGAUCGUACUGUCAAUUUGACUCUUAUUGCAAGAAGAUCACGUCAUUAUGCUGGAACUAGGUUCUUGAAACGAGGUAUUAAUGAAAAAGGUCGAGCUGCUAAUGAUGUUGAGACAGAGCAAAUUGUCUUCGAGGAGAUCCCGAAUGCAGAUGUAUUAGAAAUCAGUUCUGUUGUGCAAAUUAGGGGCUCAAUUCCCCUUCUUUGGUCUCAAGAGACGUCAAGAUUGAAUCUAAGACCUGAUAUUAUAUUGUCAAAGGAUGAUUCUCAAUAUGAAGCAACUCGGAGACACUUUCAUAAUCUUGUGGAUAGAUAUGGUAAUCCGAUAUUCAUAUUGAAUCUGAUAAAGACAAGGGAAAAGAAGCCUCGUGAAUCUGUACUCAAUGCAGAGUUUGUUAAAGCUGUUACUUCUAUCAAUAAGACUUUGGAUAAAGAAAAUCGCUUAAAGUUUCGGACUGUGGAUCUCACAAGACUUUAUCGCGUUCAAGGUGAUAAGGUGUUGACGCUGCUUUGUAAAGUGGCUGAGAGUGCAUUGAACCAAACUGGAUUCUUUUAUUGCCAAGUGCCUCCUUUUGUAAAUUCUGAAAUGUCAUGUGGCAUUUCCUAUGCUGGGAGGGAGCAUGAGGAUCCAAGUUCCUUGAGAAAAUAUUCUUCUUCGAAGACUCCAAGGUUCCAAAGUGGGGUCUUGAGGACCAAUUGCAUUGAUUGUUUGGACCGCACAAAUGCUGCCCAAUAUGCAUAUGGUUUGGUUUCCUUAGGUCAUCAGUUGCAUGCCAUUGGAGUCAACCCUACGCCAAAAAUUGAUAUUGAUGACACUUUCUCUAAGAUGUUGAUGGGGCUUUAUGAGGCCAUGGGUGACACACUUGCGCUGCAGUAUGGAGGCUCUGCAGCGCAUAAUAAGAUAUUCUCAGAUCGAAAAGGUCAUUGGAAAGCUGCAACACAAUCCCAAGAGUUUAUCAGGACGCUACAGCGGUAUUUGAACAAUGCGUACAUGGAUCCAGAAAAGCAAGAUGCUAUUAAUUUGUUUUUAGGUCAUUUUCAACCAGAAAUGGGUAAGCCUGCAUUAUGGGAACUUGACUCAGAUCAGCACUACAAUAUUGGGAGGCUUACAUCAUCGUUGUCAGAUGACUUUGCCAGGUCCUUUAUAAAGAGGUCUUUGUCCGAUGGAGUUCUUAUGUACGAUAGUGCUUCAGCUGCAACACCAUCUGAUUUAAGCAACCAUUCCGGUCAAUUACCCUGCUUAAAAGAAGACAAUAGUCGUAUGUCAGACUCAACACCCGAGAUGCCAACAUGUGAAGAUCAUAUAUCUUAUGCCAGGUUCACCCCAUCUAGGACGUCCCAUCAACUUUUCACAGAUAUGCCAGAGACAUAUCUUAGAGGUGAAUGUAGUUGUGACAAUGAACACGGGAAUGAAUUCGACUGUCAAGAUAUUCUUGAUGUAGACUGGAUUUCUUCAUCAGGAAACUCGUGUGAGGAGGACACAUAUGACAGGUCUUCACUUUUAAAUUCACCAAGUGGUAGUUCCUUAAUCAGGACUUCUGGGUAUGAUGGAUCAGAGGGGAAACAUCGACCUCCAAUGCCUGUUGCAGAAUUUCCUGCUAGCUUUGUUCAGUGGGUCGAGUAUGGAGCAACUUUAGCUUAGUCUUUCACCACCAAACUGCAUAGAUUCGAAUGAUCACCACCAUUUUUGAACCAACCCCCACCGAAGGAUGUGGGUUGUGGAAACAGAAUAAAUAGCAAAGACAGCGAAAAAAAGAAGAGGUCUUGACAUAGCAUUUCAAAUGAUCCAACAGAGAAACAACCAUGAGCAUAUUGACCGCUAAUUCAACUAAUUUAUUUUUUAUGGAGGUCCUCUUAUCUCCUCUCUGAAUUUAAAAUGCUCUCCUUUACUCAUUCUUGUAUAUAUCUGGUAUAACAUAGCAUUACAUGUUGCAGCUGCUACCUUUUGAUAUUCUAAGUAUACUUAGAUUUCUUUGAUUCCAUAAUUACAAUUAGUUGUAUAUAUAUACAUAUCUAAUUUUUUUAAAAAUAUGUCUUGGUGAUCUUCCCUCUUGAA